AUUUCUUUUUUACAAAUUAUUAAUAACGAAAAAAUAUUUGUUUUGUAUUAUUUUGAAUGAUGAAACCGAGUUAAAGUAUUCUACUCACGAUAAUAUCGAAGUUCACCGUUUGUCACCUAUUUUCAGAGCGAGGCCGGCCACACUGCCAUCGUCUUUCGAUUGACAAGCGUUUCCAAAUUCACGAUUUGUUCCAGCCAUCAUCAUCGCCGUAGAAUUCCGUUUUCCGUUUUCCUUAUCAUGUUGGAACCAUUGAUCGUGCUUACAGUGUUGAACUGUUUCUUCAUGUUCAGCUCAACUGUGACGACUUGCGCGUUGUGGUAAUCGAAGUAUAUAAACAGUAUUCCCAUCUUACUUCCUUUUAAUGUGUUCGCCAGGUGGCAAUAUCGUACUCAUCGUUGCUGUUUCAAGAAAGAUUCCAUGCAACAGAGUAUGAAGUACAAUUUGUCCAAAUCGAGGAACCCGUCGAAGAAACCAGUCGAAACUCGAAACAAGCCGGAUAAUAAUAACCCCUCGAGUUCUAUCCAUCGAAGCAAGUCGAAUGUGAUUAUGAACCGUGACAGUAAAAAUAGGAGAACUUCGAAGAACAAAACGAGAUUGAGCGCCAAGCUUCAGUCGGACAGCAAGAUACCUAGCGAUGAAAGAUUAUCCAUAGAAACGAUGAGAAAUUGGGAUCUCGAGGAGAAGGCGAAGAUGUCAGAGGCGUCGCAAACUGCAGAAGCGAAAUCGGCGGUGGUGAUGGAAUAUUCAACCGUGCAAAAAAUUGUCCAAAUUUUGGACAACGAGGAGGAUAUUUUGGCCACGAAGAUGGCCAUGAAAGAGUUGAAUUCUAAACAGACUAUCGAAGAAAAGAAACCGACAGUAGAGAUAUUAAAUGAACCACAGUUCGAGAUAGUUCAAGCUUUACCUGAGUUCGAGUCAAUGCCUGAAGAACAGACAUAUAUCAAUUAAAUUUUGAGAAAUAAAUUUAAUAUAUUU